CUGCUCCCCGCGCAGACGUCGCUGGAGUACGCGCUGCUAGACGCCGUCACCCAGCAGGAGAAGGACAGCCUGGUCUACCAGUAUCUGCACAAGGUGGACGGCUGGGAGCAGGACUUGGCAGUGCCCGAGUUUCCGGAAGGAUUAGAAUGGCUGAACACAGAAGAGCCUCUUUCUGUCUACAAGGAUCUAUGUGGAAAAGUGGUCAUCCUUGAUUUCUUCACCUACUGCUGCAUAAACUGUAUUCACCUAUUGCCUGAUCUCCACGCAUUAGAACACACAUACUCUGAUAAAGAUGGUCUUCUGAUUGUUGGUGUUCAUUCAGCUAAGUUUCCAAAUGAAAAAGUCCUGGAUAACAUAAAGAGUGCUGUUCUUCGAUACAAUAUCACCCACCCUGUGGUUAACGAUGCAGAUGCCAGCCUUUGGCAAGACCUAGAAGUUUCCUGCUGGCCAACUCUGGUCAUACUUGGACCCCGUGGAAACAUGUUGUUUUCUUUGAUUGGAGAGGGACACAAAGAUAAAUUAUUUUUGUAUACUUCAAUAGCUUUAAAGUAUUACAAAGACAAGGGACAGAUCAGAGAUAAUAAAAUCGGAAUAAAACUCUACAAAGAUUCUCUGCCACCUUCACCAUUGCUAUUUCCUGGCAAAGUAACAGUAGACCAUGUUACAAAUAGAUUGGUAAUAGCAGACACUGGACAUCAUAGAAUUUUGGUUGUUUGGAAGAAUGGACAAAUUCAAUACAGCAUUGGAGAGAAACCAGCAAUUGACCUAGAAGCUGAGAAGGUGAGCACCGUAGCUGGCAUUGGAAUUCAAGGUACAGAUAAAGAAGGUGGAGCAAAAGGAGAACAGCAACCCAUUAGUUCCCCUUGGGAUAUAGUUUUUGGAACAUCAGGUUCAGAGGUCCAAAGAGGUGACAUUCUGUGGAUAGCCAUGGCAGGGACUCAUCAGAUAUGGGCACUUCUACUGGACUCUGGCAAACUGCCAAAGAAAAAUCAGUUAAAAAAAGGAACCUGCCUUCGGUUUGCUGGAAGUGGAAAUGAAGAGAAUCGAAACAACGCAUAUCCUCACAAGGCAGGUUUUGCCCAACCUUCAGGCCUUUCUCUGGCCUCUGAAGAUCCCUGGAGCUGCCUGUUUGUAGCCGACAGUGAGAGCAGUACAGUGAGAACUGUCUCGCUGACAGAUGGGGCAGUGAAGCACCUCGUAGGAGGAGAAAGAGAUCCCAUGAACUUAUUUGCUUUUGGUGAUGUUGAUGGAGUAGGAAUCAGUGCAAAGCUUCAGCACCCACUUGGAGUAGCAUGGGACAAGAAAAGGAAUUUACUUUAUGUGGCAGACUCCUAUAAUCACAAGAUUAAAGUUGUGGAUCCAAAAACAAAAAACUGUACAACAUUAGCAGGAACUGGAGACACAAAUAAUGUUAUCAGUUCUACUUUUACCGAGUCAACUUUUAAUGAACCAGGAGGCUUGUGUAUUGGAGAAAAUGGUCAGUUAUUAUAUGUAGCAGACACCAAUAAUCAUCAAAUUAAAGUGAUGAAUUUAGAAACAAAAACGAUUUCUGUGGUAAGCAGUGAAUGGCUUCUUCAAGGACAGAUGCCAUCUGGAGGCAUAGAGAACAUUUCUAAUCAACCAACAAUUUCCCUACAGAUUCCCGGUGAUUGCUUGUCACUUGAAACCGUUGUAUCAGUGCGUGUGUUUCUUUAUUACUGUAGUGCAGACAGCAGUGCUUGCAUGAUGAAGGGAGUUUUGUUCAGUCAGCCCUUACAAAUAACUGAUACACAACAAAGUUGCAUAGCUCCAAUAGAGCUCAGGUAUGUAUUUUAGCAAUCUAGCUAGCAACUCAUCGCUACAGCCCUCUGUCCUCCAUACUUGCCAUCACUGUAUCUUAGGAGAAAAAACUUCAUUUCUGCCUCUGGAUACCAAGACACCCUUUGCUCAGUUCUAGCAACUGGUAUUGAAAUAAAGUCAUGCUCCUUAUUUACAUUUUUAUUAUAAAUGAAUUCCUUCAUUCUGGCUAUGUACUAGCUAAGUCACUGACCAUCAUUUGAACCAUGAUAUUGUAAUCUAUGCUGCUAUUUGGCACAGGACUGAAGUCCACACGAUAGUAGAGAAUAUAAUAAGAUAAUUUGCAGUGAACACUGAUAAUAAUCAUACCAGAUAAUUUAACUAACUUUUUCUACCUUUAUAAAUAGUAAUCACAUUUGAACGUGUAAAUUUCACAGUAACUUUAGGCAGAACAUUAGCUCCAGUCCACGUUUAUGUAUAGACACCUGCCACUCAAAGCAUAAAGUCUAUUAUAAGCCAAAAAAAGAGUCUUCCCAUUACAGUAGAAGCUUAAAGAGUACCUGGGUGGUAAAUAUGAUUUUUAUUCUCUUCUGUAAUUUUCUCAGUUGAGAUAUCGUUAAAAGAAAGUUUUGAUCUAUUUUUAUAAUAAAUUAUGUGUUGUUUUAACAUA